UGGUGACUGGGCAGCGGCGCGGGGCCCGGUCCUGGGCGGGGAGGCUUGGCGGCCUCUUUCUUUCUCUGCCCCCGCCCCUCUUUCUCCUCCCUCCGUGCUAGCCCGGCGGCGGCCCAGGUCGGCGCGCCCGCCUCGCCUGCGCCUCCUCCCCCACCCGUGGACCCUCUCCCCUCCCCUCCCUCGCCCCCUCCUCUCGCCGCCUCCUCCCCUCUCUCCUCCCUCCGCCUUCCCGGAGCGGCCCGCGGGACCCGAGAGCGAGAGAGAGAGAGGUGGCUGCGAGAAGGCGUAACGGAAAGCCCCGGCUUGGGGAAGGCUGCGGGCUCGGAGACGCCGAGCCGGGGCCGGGUAAACUGGGAAGCAGACUCUUGAGUUCACAGCUGGCCUGUGGCUUUUCCUGUGGUUAAGAAGCUCCUUCUCAUACAGCAGCUUUACAACCACCACCACAACAAACUAUAGCAGAUUGAAUUCUCAUAUCGCUCUGAUUUUGGUUCUGAAAUUAUAUCCGUGUGGGACUGUUUUAUGUUUGUAAGUGGUGACCUCUUUUUGAAGUUGUUCGUUGAGACUUCCUCGCAUUCCUGCAGAUAAAACAGGUGAGGCUGGCGGCCACGCUCCGGAGCUCCGACAUGGCAGCAUGACAGCCCUGGACAGGGCCGCCAGAGGCAGGGAGAGAGGAGCCCCGAGUUGUGGGAGUGAGUUGCCCCGAGCAGCGACUUCCUUCUGAGGCCGCCCGAGCUUCCUUCCCCACCGGCUGCUUUUAUUAACCCCGUGGACUCCUCUUUUUCCGCCUUGAACAGCAAUAUGUGUCAAGUCAUUGUCACCUGUCGCUCGAUGCUCUGGACCCUCCUGAGUAUUGUGGUGGCUUUUGCAGAGCUCAUUGCAUUCAUGAGCGCAGAGUGGCUGAUUGGAAAAGCCAAGACCCGCGGCAGCGCGGACCCCGACGAGCCGAGCAGCGGCCCCUCAGAGCCCUACCACCCCACCCUGGGCAUCUAUGCCCGCUGCAUCCGCAACCCCGGGGUGCAGCACGUCCCGCGGGAGACGCUGUGCGGGCCCUAUGCUGAGAACUUCGGCGAAAUUGCCAGCGGCUUCUGGCAGGCCACUGCGAUCUUCUUAGCCGUGGGCAUCUUCAUCCUCUGCAUGGUGGCCUUGGUGUCCGUCUUCACCAUGUGUGUGCAGAGCAUCAUGAAGAAAAGUAUUUUCAACGUCUGCGGGCUGUUACAAGGAAUUGCAGGCCUGUUCCUUAUUCUCGGCUUGAUACUCUACCCCGCUGGCUGGGGCUGCCAGAAGGCCAUUGCCUACUGUGGACACUACGCAUCGGCCUACAAGCCUGGAGACUGCUCCUUGGGCUGGGCCUUUUACACCGCCAUUGGUGGAACAGUCUUCACCUUCAUCUGUGCCAUCUUCUCCGCACAAGCAGAAAUUGCAACCUCCAGUGACAAAGUACAGGAAGAAAUCGAAGAGGGGAAAAACCUUAUCUGCCUCCUUUAAUUUGGAAGAGACAUGACUGCCAUUUUCUUCCUUGUGUAACCUUGUGAAACAGUCCACCACGGAUUUUGUCGUUUGCGUCAAGUGAAGAACUAGCCUUUACCUACUGAAGCCACAUUCCACAGCCCUGAGCCUUAUUAGGACUGAUGAGAGGCAACACCUAGCUGAGCGAAGUGACUGCACAGGAGGGCCACAGUACAAUUACAGGAGACGGAACAUGAAGCUAGUACAGAAGCACUGACAUGUAGUUGACAAGUUCAGUCACAGUGCAUUUCCCCCAGGGCUCAAUGAAGGAUAAUGAUCUAAGUCAUUAAAGCAGCAUUUCUCUGCUAACAGAAGAGACUGUUAGCCAGACUUGCUAGCUGUGUUUCUGUCACAAGGUUGCAGGCCUGUGAGCAUCUCUGUCUCAGAAUGAGGUGUGGGGUUGGUGUUUUUGUUUCCUCCUAGUUCUUUCAGGUUGUCUCAGUUGGAGACUAUGCCCAAGACCACACACUUACUGGGGGACAGGGCGUGUGGUAAAGGGCAUAGCAAGACACUGCCUUUGCUUAGCUCACCGAAGGGGUCAGCGGGAACAGUGUGGAAUCCUGUUGUGGAACUUAUUCUAGGCUUAAUUCCAGGGUAAGUUGAAUCAACUGAACUGUCCCUCUCAAGAUUAAAGAAAGAAUAAGAACCAUGAGAAUAAAAGUACAAAAUCCUGCUAGUGGAGACCAAUUCAUUCCGCUUCCCCGUAGCACCAGUACUGGCCCCGUCUCCUCCUCCACCAGGGAUCACACAUUUUUCUCCUAGAGUUGGGAUCAUGCUUUGACUGCCAAAGGAAACCUCGCUGUUUCCUCAUUCCAGAGACACAGAUCUCCAAGCCAGCUCUGGCUCAUUCAUAUGUUCACUGGGAGAACCUGCCAGAAUCCGGCACUUGCGGUAGACCUUUUCCCACUGUUUGGUAACCAUGCUGUAGUCAGCUAUAUUUCCGACCCUAACAGCAGCAUUAAAAAAAAAAAAAAAAAGGAGUUACUCACCAAGCUAAGCUUUUCUAGUUACUGAUGUUGAUCCUGAAAGCAGACUGAAAUAAUAUGAAAUGGCUGCAACUGGUGAGUUGGAUCGGAGGCUUUUCCCAGGAAAGCACAGAGUAGAAAGGUAAUGCCAAAAAAGAGCUAGACCCAGCUCAGGGCGCCUGCCUGUCCCUAGGCCUUGGUUGGGAUGAAUGGGACACCCCAAAUCAUGCUAGUCUAGACCCCCAACACCAUAGCUGUUAAAAACCACUGAAUAGGAGGAAUACGAGUAUGGCAGAAAGGAAUUAUGUUAAGAACAGAUUGUUGACCCACGCCUAUUUUUCUAAUACAUUUCUAUCAAUCACCUAAUCGCCUCAGUCUAAAAAUCUAAUAUACCUGGACCAUUACUACUACCAGAAAAGUCUAUUUAUUAUUGCCUGCGUUUGUGCUUAAAGUUUUGUGAAGGGCUGGGCUUCUCAAUGAACUCCAAGAAGGCAGACAUAUUUGCCUUGGAUUCUGUGGAUUCUUUAAACCUGUGUGCUAAUUCAACAAUGUUACAUUAAUUGUGUAAGGGUUUUUGUAUAGUUUUCAAACAUCUGUGGUGUAAUGAUCUUUGUUAAACAUGUAUUCUGUAAAGUGCCAUAGUCUUUUUUUAUGUGUAGCAUAUUUAAAAAAUAUAUAUAUAUAUAUUAUACAUACACAAGUCUGUGUGAAAGAUGUGCAAUAACAAAGGUGUAUGUAUGUUAUUUUGUUUUUGUUUUUGUUUUGGAAACUGGACAGGAGUCAGAACAGGGAUCAUUGUUUCUGUUUUGGCAAAGGAAGAGUUAAACAUUUUUGCCUACAUGGCCUAGUCACUAACCCAUAACAAUUUUAAUGCUACACAAACCUAUGUGAAGAAAAGACUGGUAUGAAAUCACUUUUUUUUUCUGGGUCUAAAUUAAAAUAAUCAUAGAUUUAUGUGAAAGUUAAGCCAGCAAGCCAGGCCCAGUUAAUGCUAGUCUUUCAUAUGAAAUGUGAAGCUGCCCUGUUGCCUUUUCUGUUAGUGUGAUAACUAGAUGGUACAUAAUCACUAAGGAGCUAUUUCUUAACAUGCUUUGAUAGACAGUGUUAAUGCUAGACCACUAUGUAAGGGCUGCUCUCACACCUUCUUAGCCAUAGAGUCUGCCUUAGAACAGACCUCUUUGUGCAAUAAUGUGGCCACUGGAAAUCCCUCGCCUGCAUCUGUAUUUGGGCAGCAAUGACCCCCCAAGGGCCCAAAGAGUUAAAGGCACGACUGGGAUUUCUUCUAAGACUGUGGUGAAACUCCUUCCAAGGUUGGGGGGUCAUUAGAUGCUUUGAAGGAACUCAGCACCACUUGAUAUUCAACAGCCACUUGAGCCAAAUAUAAAGUGUAUUUACCCCUCAUGGACUCAAUUUGAGCCUUCAAAUUUGUGGUUAUCCUGUUAUAUUGUAAACUGAUACAUUGUUUGUCUAGCAUUGAUUAGGUUCCUAUGCAUAUGUAUUUUCACAACGUGUUCCUUUCCUCUCCCCAGAUCUGAAUUAAACCUGAUUUUGCAAACUCA